GCUGCAAGAAAAUUCUUCUGAUAGACCAUUUUCAUUUUCAAGAACUUUUCAUUCUAGUAGAUUUCCAGUUACAACCAAAAAAAGGCUCAAUUUUUAAUAUUUUGCUUUAACUAAGUGUAAGUACUUGGCUUCUGGAUUUUAAAGAAAAGUGAUAAAAAUAGAGACAGCAGCAGAUCGUCUACUUUAUGCUAACAAGGAGGGUAAAGGACUUCCUACUCAUGUUUUGAUAAAAACUCCUUUUUUUCUUGGACAAAGAAGUCUUACUUAACCCUGACUUAGGAGAUCAUGGCUAAACAAGUAGCAAUCAUUGGAGCUGGUGCAAGUGGUCUGAUCUCUAUCAAAUGCUGUUUGGAAGAGGGACUGGAGCCCAUAUGUUUUGAGAGAAGUGAUGACAUUGGGGGUUUAUGGAAAUUUACUGAAACCUCUGGACAUGGAAAGACUCAAGUUUACAAAUCUGUGGUGACCAAUGUCACCAAGGAGAUGAGCUGUUUCAGUGACUUCCCUUUUCAGGAAGAUUAUCCCAAUUAUAUGAACCACGCAAAGUUUUUGGAAUAUCUUCGCUCCUAUGCUAAGCACUUCGACCUUCUGAAAUACAUUCAUUUAAAGACAAUUGUGCAUAGUGUGACAAAGUGUCCAGACUUCUCUGCCACUGGCCAGUGGGAGGUGGUGACAGAGAAUGAGGGGAAGCAAGAUACAGCUGUCUUUGAUGCAGUCAUGAUCUGCACCGGGUUUUUGUUGAAUCCUCACUUCCCUCUAAAAUCCUUUCCUGGAAUCAACAAAUUUCAAGGACAGAUCCUCCAUAGUCAGCAAUACAGGAGCCCAGAAGAUUUUCAGGGUAAGAAGAUCCUUGUAAUUGGUCUUGGGAAUACUGGUGGUGAUCUUGCAGUGGAACUGAGUCGUGUGGCCUCUCAGGUGUUUCUCAGUACCAGAAGUGGCACCUGGGUCAUUAGCCGUCUUUCUAAAGAUGGCUACCCCUCUCUUAUGAUCAUCCUAACAAGAUUUCAUCAGAUGAUUUUAUGUAUGCUGCCUUCAUCAAUGAGAAACUGGAUUAUAAAAAAACAACUUUCAAAAUGGUUUAAGUACAAGAAUUAUGGACUGGCUAUUCCUAAGGGGCAAACACAAAAUUUUAUUAUAAAUGAUGAACUGCCAAGCUGUAUCCUUUGUGGUAAUAUCAUUGUUAAAGCCAAUGUAGAAGAGUUUGCGGAAACUUCUGCCAUUUUUGAAGAUGGGACAGUAGAAGAGAACAUUGAUGUGGUGAUUUUUGCUACAGGAUUCACAUUCUCUUUUCCCUUCCUUGAAGAACCUACAAGAAGUCUAUGCAAAAAUAAGAUCUACUUAUACAAAUAUGUGUUUCCUUCAAACCUGGAAAAGCCAACAAUGGCUAUCAUGGGCCAUAUCAGCCUUAAAGGAGCACUCUUUCCGGGCAUAGAACUCCAAGGAAGAUGGGCUACAAGAGUCUUCAAGGGAUUGUGUAAGAUACCUCCAACAAAUCAACUGAUGGCAGAGGCUACUAAGAAGGAGCAGCUUAUUAAAAGGGACAUCAUUAUGGAUCCCACCAAAGAGAAAAUGGACUAUAUUACCUACUUGGAUGAACUUGCUAUAUGCAUAGGAGCAAAGCCCAGCAUUUUAUCCCUCUUCCUUAAGGAUCCCAGGCUAGGAAAAGAAGUUUUCUUUGGUCCCUGCACUUCUUAUCAGUACCGGCUGACAGGACCUGGGAAAUGGGAUGGAGCCAGAAAUGCGAUCUUGACUCAAUGGGACCGGACCCUCAAGCCUUUACAAACUCGAAUUGUUGCUGAUUUUUCUGAGUCUUCUGCUGUGUCUCAUUGGCUAAAGAUCUGGGGUGGAGCAUCUGUACUAUUUUUUGCUGUUUUGCUUGUUUACAAAUCAUGAAGUGAACUUCGUGUAAGAUUGGCUGGAAUUGGUGAAAUAGGGAAUAGACGUUCCACUUACCUAGCCAGUAACUGGCAAGUGCAAAUAACAUCUAUGUAACAAGAACUCUCUUCUACUUCUCCUGUCUACUUCCUAUAACCUUUACCUCAGGGCAAGAAGUUUAUAAAAUGGUCCCAGAAUAAAGAGUCCUAGGAUUAGAUGGAACAAUUUGAUAUCUUUUUGCUGAUAUAUUUGUUCCUCCUUUUCUGCUGACUGAGCUGACUUGAGAUGCUUCCUUGAUUAGUUUGUUAAUCUCCAUAAUCAUCUAUC